UUGUAAAUGCAGAAUUCCCAGCUUUGUUGACUUUCAUCAGCUGCAGAAAUGGAGAUUGAAUCAAUGGUAGCAAACUGUGCACUCAUAAAAGCACGAGAAGUAGGUAACGGUGGGAACCGCAAAGGAAGGAGUCGAAAAUGGAAGGAAUUUCUGCGUUUCCCGCACAUAAACGAGUGCACAGAGCUGGAGGAACGCAUUGAGCGAGAUUAUUACAGUCUGUGUGUCAAAGAGCCCAUUGGAAAACAUCUCUUCCGGCUUUUCUGUGCAACCAAAUCUGAUCUGCAACACUGCAUCGACCUGUUGGAUGAAACGUCCUCUUGGGUGCGUGUGAUUGUCGAUGGGGAACUUGACAAGUGCAGCUGUGACCUGGAGCUCAACGCUUCUGAAGAUAUAUUCAGCAACUACCAAAAGGCACUUCAUGAGUGUCUAAGUGGAGCUCCAUUUGCAGAGUAUCAGAAAAGCAUGUAUUUUGACCGAUUUCUGCAGUGGAAGAUGGUGGAGAGGUUAGUGUGUCACAUUCGGAUCUCUGAUUUAGGACUAGCCAUAAUCUUGAAAGAAGAAAAACUUGUGAAGGGCAGAGUGGGAACAGUGGGUUACAUGGAUGAUGUAUAUAAUUUUGCAUUCUGUCCCUGUUUUCUGACAGGUCACAUUCGGAUCUCUGAUUUAGGACUAGCCAUAAUCUUGAAAGAAGAAAAACUUGUGAAGGGCAGAGUGGGAACAGUGGGUUACAUGGCACCAGAAGUGAUCACAAACACAUACUAUAGUGUAAGUGUGGACUGGUGGGGACUCGGGUGUCUAAUCUAUGAGAUGACGGCGGGAAAUCCUCCAUUCCGCAACCACAAAGAACGACUGCCGAGACAGGAGAUGGAAAGACGAGUUCAGGAGACGAUCGAGCAUUACGGGAAGAAGUUCGACGAGGACACCAAAUCCAUCUGCAAAAGCCUCCUGGCUAAAAACCCAAAGGAGAGAUUGGGCUGCAAAUGUGGGCGAGGAUCAGAGGUCAUCAAAGGUCACGGGUUCUUUAAGGACAUCAACUUUACGAGACUUGAGGCAGGAAUGAUGCCGCCACCCUUUGUUCCUGACCCGAGAGCUGUUUACUGCGCAGACGUCCUGGACAUCGAUCAGUUCUCUACAGUUAAAGGAGUGAGCCUCGAUCAGGUCGAUGAAAAUUUCUACAGCAAGUUUAACACAGGAAGCGUGCCUGUGCCCUGGCAGAAUGAGAUGAUUGAGACCGAGUGUUUCAAGGACCUGAAUGUGUUUGGACCGUGUGGAACAAGAACACCAGAUCUGGACCGCAGCAUCGUCAUCCCACAGACCAGCUCCGAGACUCAGUUCAUCAAUCGGAGUCCUCCUGAAUACAGCCGGCGCCGGCUGCUGAACCGAAUCUUCAAGAGACGCCCCAGGGGCCAGUCAGCUGAACCCAUUUGUCGCUCCUCAUCCAGCCAGGGUUCUUCUGAGUGACUUCAGCAG